AUGCGAUCCCUCAUGAAAAUAUACAGGUGCAAAACCUACCUGUGGAUUAGCGUCACUCUUACCAGCCCAGCACUUCUUUCAAUAAUCGUAAAUGUCAUUCUCGUUCUACGGCUACACGCUCUAUAUGACAGGAAUAUCAAAAUUCUGGCCGUUCUAUCUUCUCUGAUCGUAGCGGACAUUGGUGGAAAUAUAUUUAUCAUGUACCGAAUCGGAGUUCUCACCAGCCGCUCUGCUUUCGUCAUUCCUCCGAUUCUUGGACUACCAAUCCUCGGAUGUCUAGCGGCUCCUGACUCGACGAUGCUCACGUUUAUAUCUUGGGUGCCCUGCGUCUUCCUCAACACUCUAUUUUUCAUCAUGACCAUGAUAAAAUUUUAUCAAUCCACGAUGGCCAAGCAGCGACGCGGUGUCAGGCUCUCGCCUCUUAUCGUGGCGUUCUUCACCAGCGGUACAAUGUCGUUCUUUAUAAUCGCCUCAAUGGCCAUUGUGAGCGCUGCCAUCACGAUCCUUGUUGAUGGCCCUCUUCAGAUCCUUUACAUGCCGUGGAUCAUCGUCACCUUUUCUCUCGCGGGCUCUCGUCUCAUCCUGAACCUCCGGGAAGCGGGAGCAUCUAACCAACCCAUUGCUGCUAUGCCCACAAGUAGUAGCCUCACUGUUGUCGAGCGAUUUAGCCGGCUCGAUGCAUGA